UUGUCAAAUGUCAACGUCAAUGUCAUAAUGUUUGUUUUUAUAGUUAGCUAAUUUUACAAAGGACGAGAUGUGUUUUAGCCAUAAAACCGGAUAUUCCUACACUUAAAAUUGUACGAAAACACUCUUUAGCCAUGCUAAUGAUGUACAAUGUAACUACGUAACCAAUUCCAAAUGCCAUAGUUCUGUUUUUUUAUGUUUGUUUGUUUUUGUUUACUCUUCAAUCUUCUCCAAAGUUAAAACGCAUCUAGGAAUAAUAAAUAAUAAACAGUCAAUAGUAACAGAAAAGACAAAUCCAAAUGAGGACUAAAAACUUCUUAAUUGCAUUUUGCCUCCUAGUCAUAGUAAGUCUCUUCUGCAUCGCUUUACAGCAACAGAAACCCACAGCAAUACAGAACAUUGUAUCAACAACACAUCAGCAGCUAAGAAAUUUCAAGGAUACACUCAGAGAUGCAGAAAAGAAAACCUUUGUGGCUGAUGAGAAUCUGCUGGCCAAGCUGGGCUUUACAAAACCCUCCCGACUAUUUCCCAAUGACACUUGGCACAACACCACACUGCCUGUGAUUGUUACUUAUGUUAUGGAGGGACAAGAGAGCCAGGCCAUCGGAUUGAUUAACAAUGUGGGAAAGUUGCUACCGAACAAUACUGUUUUAGUUUAUAAUUUAGGUUUAGGGAACUAUGGAUUAAGAACUCUCAUGGGUUAUUGCAACAAUAGCCGAUGCCAAGUGAUUACUUAUAAUCUGAAUGAGUUUCCAUCACAUAUCCAGGAUGACAAUUUUCAUGCUUAUAGACCAAUCAUAAUACAGGAUGCUUUGAACAACGUGGGUGCAGUCUUCUUCAUGGAAUCAAGCAAGAGGUUCCAGAAGCACGUGACCUCGGAGAAGUUGCUGUCGAUGUACGAGGAAGUGGUUAAGAACGAUGAGAUUGUGGCAUGGCCGAUGGUCUCGAAGAAUGCCGUUUCAAGCUUGACUCACAAGAAGAUGUUCGAUUAUUUCCACACGGACACCGAUAACUUCCUGUUCCUGCCGAUGGUAUCUGCAGACACACUGCUGGUUGUGAAUUCUGCGGCCGUCCAUACAGAAAUCAUGCUGCCGUGGGUGCAGUGUGCCUUCACGCACGACUGCAUUGUGCCGAUAGGUGCCCAGUCCGGGGGUUGCAGAUUCGACAAGAAGCCUCAGUAUCGAUACUCGGGAUGUCACAGUUACGAUACUUCCGCCCUCAACAUUAUUCUGGGCAUGAAGUUCAAGCUCGAUAACGCCAAGUACACGUAUCAAGGCUCGAAGUCCAUCUUCAAGACGGUCCCCUUGGAGAGGGCCUUCGCAACGCUCAAGGGCUUAGAACAAAACACCACGGAAGACGAAAUCGGACAGGAAGGCGCUGCCUAGCACUGCUUGCUAUAAUCUCAUAUAAGUUUACGUAGGACCAAAAAAAAAAAGAAAGAAAAUGAUGAAGAAACAGGUUAAAGAGAUUUUCGGCGGAGACGAAACAUGUUGUGAUAUUAAGUUUUUUGCUCGACGAAAAACAAGAAGAAACUUUCUCAAAGUUGACGAUAUUGAAAUAUUUCCAUUUUUGUAAUCUGUGAUUUUUACAGCUGAUUGUCCAUUGUUUCCCCCAUGUCCUCUCAAUCUCUUGGCUAACUCUGUAAAUACUUGUGAUUUGUUUCCUCAACUCUUUUCCUAAUUCGAAUAAUAAUAAAUAUAAGGCACUAAUAUAUAAAAAUAAA